CGGCCUGACUGGUUUACAUAGAAGUAAGUGAUAAUGCCUCCUCCGUGCAUGUGCUCUCACAAUUUCAUUCCUUGAGACUCGUCAAUUCAGAAAAGGACGACUGACAUUCUACACUGACAUCUGGUGAUAAUGACGAAAUAAACCAUCUUCUCAUCACUCAACUUCCACAAACUGUCAAAAGCAAACAAACAACUUUUGCAAAGUCAAAAAUUGACUUCUUCCCCAGACUCCUGCCCAGCCUGAAACUCAAAAGACGUUCCACCCCUCGCCCCUUGUUUGCUUUAUCAAAUGCCCAAAAACAGCAAGGCCGUCAAGAGAGCGCUUGACGACGAUGUCACAGAGUCCGUCAAAGACUUGCUUUCCAACGAGGACGGCCGUGACGAUACCUUCAAGAAGACCUCGCUGAUCAUCAACAACCAUGAGGGGGAAGGGAAGGAGUGCGACGUGGAGGAAGGGGGGUCGGACGGAGACGAGGAGGAGGAGCGCCCGGCCUGGAACAGCAAGCUGCAGUACAUCCUGGCCCAGGUGGGCUUCUCCGUAGGCCUGGGCAACGUCUGGAGGUUCCCCUACCUGUGCCAGAAGAACGGAGGGGGAGCGUACCUGGUGCCGUACCUGAUCCUUCUGAUCCUGAUCGGCAUCCCGCUCUUCUUCCUGGAGCUGGCGGUGGGGCAGCGGAUCCGCAGGGGCAGCAUCGGGGUCUGGAACUACAUCAGCCCUCGUCUGGGGGGCAUCGGCUUCGCCAGCUGCAUGGUGUGCUUCUUUGUGGCUCUCUACUACAACGUCAUCAUCAGCUGGAGUCUCUUCUACUUCUCUCAGUCCUUCCAGCAGCCGCUGCCGUGGCACGAGUGUCCGCUGGUCAAGAACAAGACCAUGACAUAUGUGGUGCCAGAGUGUGAAAAGAGCUCGGCCACCACGUACUACUGGUACCGCGAGGCCCUGAACAUCUCCAACAACAUCUCUGAGGGCGGAGGUCUGAACUGGAGGAUGACUCUGUGCCUGCUGGCUGCCUGGACCAUGGUCUGCCUCGCCAUGAUAAAGGGAAUCCAGUCUUCUGGGAAGACAACUGUUUCCAACUCAAAGGCUCCGAUAGACCCACUGUCGAGACAGGAGAGACACAAUGUGAGCGACCAGCUGGUUGAAACUAGCAACAACUAG